GCCAGUCACUGUGCUGCUUGGAUGGAGGUGUCUGUCUGAUCGCUGACGUUCUCUGUUCUUCUCCAACAUUUCAAAUUAUUUUUUUAUUCUUCUCAUUUGUCCGAGUCCGUGGAGCGUAGCAUUUCAGAAGUUCCAAGCAGUUGCAGAAGUCAGUCAGCAGUAUCAUGUCCAAGCAGCCUCCUGAGAUGAAGAUGAAGUCAAGGACAAGGGGAAAGAAAAGGAAGAGGACUCCCUCUCCAGAGGAAUCCCUUUCCUCAUCAGGUGAUGAGACACCUCAGUUUGCAGUACCCCCGAUAAGCAUCUCUCCAAGGUUGAGGGACCAAACCUCCCAGUUGCACACAUCUUCUCAGGCCACAGCAACAGAUGUCAGUGUGACAGCAUCACCGGUUGCCACACCUCUGGUCACCAGUCAUUCAUCCCAUGAUCAGUCUCCACGCUCCGCCCAGUCACACCAUGUGUCUCCCAGUCUGAAGGCAGCCAAAGCCACUGCCAAGAAGCCGAGGGCCCCCAGACAAGACUUUGUGUUAUCCGAGGAAGAAGAAAAAGUCAUGUUUGAGUGGCUUGAGGCAACAGAAGAGGUUUGGAACGCAAAGAAGGCUGGUUAUCAUAAACAUGAUGUCAAACAAGGACUUUGGGAGGCCCAGGCCAAAGUUAUGAACAAGAGUGCUAAACAUCUGAUUGGGUGGUUUAAGAGUGUCCGUGACACGAAUACUAAACUCAUGAAGAAGGGCAAAGGGAAGUCGGGGGACGGAGAUGAUGAUGACGACAACUGGUCAGACCGCCAACGGUUCAUAAUGGCGUCCAUGAAAUUCAUGGCUAGGGUAGUUCGUCAUCGGCCGAAACCAGUCAGAAGUGUGGAAGCUGUUAUUCUUGAGCACUCAGGCAACUUGGAUGCUGCUGAAGCUGUUGCUGCACAGGAGGCCGCGGACGUAGACUCUGAAAGCGAACCGAGGGCUUCCACUUCAGCUGGUCCAAGAAGGGGAAGUAUCAGAGAAGGUGAGAUGGACCGAAUGUUACUCCUAAUGCAGGAACGAGCAGAAGAGAGUCAGGCCCUCAUGGAAGAACUGCAAAAGUGUAAAGAGCAGCAGCCCAGCACAGCUAAGAACGCCUUCGCAGCCUAUGUCCAGGACUCCUUAAGCACCAUGUCAGAAUGGAGCUACAGAAAAGCAAAGGAUGAAAUCUACUGGGUGCUGACAAAGUAUGAAGAUGGGGGUGAAGAGGAAAGGGUCAAGCAGCAACAACAUUAGUUCAUCACCACCACAUGAGGCCACUACACACUGUCCUGCCUGUCCGAGGACUGCAGCCGGCUAGAGUGCCUUAAUUGAGAGAGUGGUGACAUGACGAGUCGAAAAAAAAAACCUCACGUGGCUCAUGGUGCCAUCUCGUGUUCAAAAUAGCGUUCCUUUUU